CGCUGCAACUUUGGAUGAACUUCUGAUUUGAACAAACCGGGAGGCGGUCGGCAGAGUGCGCGGACAACAACAGGCACGGAACCGGGAGAGAUUCAGAGGUGGUUUUUUUUUUUUGUUUUUUUCCCCCUGCUACGUCUUCAAUGUCGGUUCCUUUUAUCUGUACCGGCCCUGACGGUGUACCGUGCGUGUGCGUGCCGGUGACUGAGCAGCGGGAGCGUUAUUUCUCCUCUCCGACACGCCGGCAAGGUGGACGUUAUUAAAGCAACCAUCGAUGCCUCUCCACUAGACACCCCACAGUUUGAAUAGUAGACACCGUGGCUCUUAAAGAAACAGGAAACUCUGCAGAAUGGCCAUCAGAUAAAGGGUCUUUGACAGCCUUCAGACAGCGUCAUCUGGAGUUCACUGGCCUGGACAAGAUACUGGGAUCCUCGUUGCUGAGUUGGACCCUUUCAGACUGAAACUAGUUCUCUGGUAGAAUGGUUGUGAUGCAGACUGCUUUCUAGAGACCAGCUGUGAAAGUUCAACAUCAACACAUUUCUUUUCUUCAAGCCUCAGCUCCGGAAAGGUCCAAAUGCAUCCGUGAGACUCUCUUGUUACUUCACUCAGUGGGCAUUAUGUUGAUCCUAUUCUAAAAUCAUCAGCAACCCAUCCCUACCUUUAUCUCCUGUCUUCCCUCCCCACAUCCUUUCCAAUCUCCAUCAUGACCAGUCUGAAGCGUUCUCAGACAGAGCGCUCGGUUGGGGGCUCAGUGCCGGCUUCUGAUGAGUUCUAUACCCGCCGCCUGCGACUGCCCAAUGGAGGGGCACCACCACCACGCAGUGAGAGUGCCCACAUCUCCUCUUCAGCUACCACUGGCACCAACCCUGGCGUCCCCAAGAUGGGGGUUCGGGCUCGUGUGGCUGAUUGGCCCCCAAGGAAGGACGGUGGAGGAGGGGGUGUUUGGCAUAUUACCGUGGAAACAGACUCACCCAGCUCUACCAACACCACUAGCUCUUCAGGAUCAGGAAGUGGAGAUAGGGAAAGACUCGUUGGAGGGGGACCAGGUGGAGGAGGAGGAGGAGGAGGAGGAGGAAGUGGCGGUAGUGGUAGUGGUGGCAGUGGAGGAGGAGGAACGUCAGCAGUCACAGCCCACAUCAAUCUGUCAGCCAAGCUGGGCCACCUAAUAAGCCCACAGGACUCAUCUAUGCUGCGCAACAUCCACAACACACUAAAGAACAAGAUGCAGAGCAAGGGAAAGGACAAUCGCUUCCUGUCACCGGAUGGCUAUCUGGGCUCACCUCGCAAAGGCAUUAGGCGCAUCCGCCAGCGCAGUAACAGUGACAUCACAAUCAGUGAGCUGGAUGUGGACGGCAACGAGGGCUGGUCCUUCUCCGGGUGGACACCCAUGCACCGUGAGUAUGGCAGCACUUCAUCAAUAGACAAACAUGGUGUUUCAGGAGAGAGCUUCUUUGACAUGUUAAAAGGAUACACGUCCUUUGAGGCCCCUGAUCAGCGAAGCCCAGCUCCAGAGAAGCUAACGGAGCUACUGACCGUGGCCCCAACAAAACAGGCUGCACUGGACCUGCCUGACGGACCUUUAGGUCCAGCCAGAGGUAGUCCCGCCAGUCGUCUGAAGGAACGAGAGAAGCACUUAAAGAGGAGGUCAAAGUCGGAGACAGGUGGAGAAUCAAUAUUCCGUAAGCUGCGCAGUGUGAAGGUGGAGGGUGACACGUCGAGGGCUGGCUCAGAUGCUGAAGAUGGGGGCAAAGGGGAUGACAGUGGCCCGCCUCCCAAACCCUGGGCUUGUCAAAAAGGCUUUGCCCAUUUUGAUGUCCAGUCUCUACUCUUUGACCUCAAUGAGGUCAUCCACAGUCGGCAAUCUGGGUCGAAACGCAAGAACACCACUACGGGUGCCUCGGCUGCUGCUGCCGCUUCUGCUUCGGCCACGUCCUCCCUCGCCUCCAAUCAGAGUGGAGUGUAUGGGUCCCCCUGUGGCUCACAAGAGGAGCUGAGCAAGGAGGGGCUAGGAGGACACGGUACCAACCCUGCCUUGGACCCUGGUGACGACAAAAGCAAUGACCUGGUGCUCAGCUGCCCUUGUUUCAGGAAUGAGAUUGGUGGAGAGGGUGAGAGGAACAUCUCUUCUGCUAAACAGCCGGGCAGCAUAGGUAGUGGUGGGACCUCAAGCAGUUCUUCAGGCAGUACAGAGGAAGGACCUUUGGAUGCCAUCCUCACUACUCAUUUUACCAACGCCGGUGUGGCAGUGCUGGAGGCCCCCAAGGACGGGCCAAGCCAACAUGCUGACAGGUCCAAACGUUACAUUGUGGAACACGUUGACCUCGGCACCUAUUACUAUCGAAAGUACUUCUACCUCAGAGAACACUGGAACUAUCUGGGCGUAGAUGAGAACCUGGGCCCAGUAGCAGUGAGUCUGAGGAGGGAGAAACUGGAUGAACACAAGGAGCAUGGACAGCAGUAUAACUACAGGGUCAUCUUCAGAACCAGUGAGCUGAAUACCCUGAGGGGCUCCAUCCUGGAAGACGCAGUACCUUCCACAUCCAAGCACGGUCUAGCUCGAGGCUUGCCCCUCAAAGAGGUGCUGGAGUACCUGGUGCCUGAGCUCAAUGUCCACUGCCUGCGCCUGGCACUCAACACACCAAAGGUCACUGAGCAGCUAAUGAAGCUGGAUGAGCAGGGGUUGAGUUUCCAGCGGAAAGUGGGGGUGAUGUACUGCAUGGCAGGCCAGAGCAGCGAGGAGGAGAUGUACAACAAUGAAUCAGCGGGUCCUGCACUGGAGGAGUUCCUUCAUCUGCUGGGGGAGAGGGUUAGACUCAAAGGCUUCUCCAAGUACCGGGCCCAGCUGGAUGCCAAAACUGACUCGACAGGCACCCACUCCAUGUACACCACCAACAAGGACUAUGAGAUCAUGUUCCAUGUGUCCACCAUGCUGCCAUACACGCCCAACAAUAAGCAACAGUUACUGCGGAAGCGCCAUAUUGGGAAUGAUAUCGUGACGAUUGUGUUCCAGGAGCCCGGGGCGCUCCCCUUCACCCCCAAAAACAUUCGCUCACACUUCCAGCACGUCUUUGUGGUUGUGCGUGCUCACAACCCAUGUUCAGACAACAGCUCCUACAGUGUGGCUGUCACUCGUUCCAAAGACGUGCCCUCUUUCGGCCCUCCUAUCCCAGAGGGCGUGACCUUCCCCAAGUCCUCCGUGUUCCGGGACUUCCUGCUGGCCAAGGUCAUCAAUGCGGAAAAUGCUGCGCACAAGUCGCAUAAGUUCCGCGCCAUGGCCACCCGAACCCGCCAGGAGUACCUGCGCGACCUGGCUGAGCGCCACACCACCAGCACGCCCAUCGACCCCUCCGGAAAGUUCCCAUUCAUCUCACUGGCCCACAAGAAAAAGGAGAAGAGCCGGCCGUAUGGAGGGUCGGAGCUGCGCAGCCUCGGGUCGGUGACCUGGACGGUCCACGUCGAGGAUCACGGUACCGGAGGAGAACUGGAGGCCCUAUUGGCCAUCUCCAAUGACUUCCUCAUCCUGUUGGACCAGGACGCCAAGGCUGUGGUGUUUAACUGUUCCACAAAGGACGUGAUUGGCUGGACGCUGAGCAGCCCUGCGUCUUUGCGGAUUUUCUACGAGCGGGGAGAAAGUGUGUCUCUGAGGAGCAUCAGUAAUAACACUGAGGAUUUCAAAGAGGUGGUCAAACGUCUAGAGUUUCUGACUAAGGGCUGCGAGACAUCAGAGAUGACGCUUCGUCGAAAUGGCCUGGGUCAGCUGGGCUUCCACGUGAACUACGAAGGCAUCGUGGCGGAGGUGGAGCCAUAUGGUUACGCCUGGCAGGCAGGACUGCGGCAGGGAAGCCGAUUGGUGGAUAUCUGCAAAGUUGCUGUAGCAACGCUGACACAUGAGCAGAUGAUUGACCUCCUGCGGACCUCAGUGACAGUGCGUGUUGUUAUCAUUCCACCACAUGAUGACGCCACUCCACGCAGAGGCUGUUCAGAGCUCUAUCGGAUGCCUGUGUCAGACUACAAGGGCAGCAGCAGUGAUAGCGGCUCCUUUGAAUACAAGUUUCCCUUCCGCAGUAACAACAACAAGUGGCAGAGGACGUCCAGCAGCCCUCAGCAGUCACUCACUGCCUCGCCACAGCCCCACCAGCCCAACCGGGCCGUCAGCCUGGGAAGCUCAGUGGGGAAGACCCUGUCAGCUGAGAGGCUGGAGAGGGGCGCAGUCAUCCCACGCAGUGUCAGCAGUGAUGGCCGGCCCCUGGAUACCAAGAGGAUGUCUCCGGGCAGUGAGAGCUAUAGCCUGGCCUCCUCGCUGGCGUUGGGUCGCUCCCCUCACAAUCGCAGCUCUCCCAGCAACCUCUCUUGUUCCAGUGACGCCUCCGGAAGCUCUGCCCACUGGAGACAGAAGUCCAUGCCUGAGCAGUUUGUUGGCAGCCGCCACUCUCCAAUGUCUACAGAGAGACGAGAGGGGGGUGGAGAGGGCGGUUCCAGUGGAAAGUCCACUCCCAAUUGGUCGAGAAUGGAGGAAGGGGGAGGGGCCGAACGAGGGUCAACAGAGGCCCCAGUGUCCAAGUCUAGUCAAAAUUACUCUGGAGCUCCCCGCAUCCAAAGACAGGAGCAGGUCAUCCACCUGUCCCCGAAGAAAAACAGCCAGUCGGACGGCCCUUAUUCUGGGCACUCCAGCAGUAACACACUAUCCAGCACGGCUUCCAGCGGGGGCCACAGCGACAGCGAUAAAUGGUACGAAAUGGGAGCGGGUGGAGGCUCCAGCGGCGACCAGGGUGAGACGGAGCCCAACGGCCUGGGCGGAGGAGGCUACCUGCAGGGGGCGUCUGCCGACAGCGGCAUAGACACCAGCUCUUAUGGAGCCUCUCACCACACACACCCCCACUCUCAUCAUGGCAGCACCACCUCCCUGCUGGCUCCUAGCGGAGGCAGAGAGAGCAGGGAGCGGUCAACCUCUCCGUGGCACAGCCCCACAGAGGGAGGCCGACGGAUGCUGGAGAGGUCGCCGGCUGCAGCCGAGUCCCCGGGCCCUCCAGGGGAAAGGAGUCUGGAAGGGGCCGGCAGAAGCCCACCUACUCAUCUCCUUGUUAGAGACAGCAGCACUUACAGUCUGAAUGAGGCUGGAUCACACUCCAGUGCAAGGCAUUCAGGCCACAGCUCCCCGAGAGAGGAGUCCUCCUCUUCAGCCACUUCCCCUUCAUCCCAGUCCUCAUCGUCCCCUGGGCCCAAGAGCUUCUACCCCCGCCAAGGAGCUCAGUCCAAGUACCUGAUUGGCUGGAGGAAACCCGGUUCCACCAUCAAUUCUGUUGACUUCGGAGACACACGCAAGAAGUCUCCGGGAGAAGGUGGAGUUGAGGUUGCUCCAACCCCAGCAGCGAGACCCUCUCUUCGGGAUAUGCACUCGCCCCAGCCUCAUGCCAAAUCUACGAUAGAGGAAGAUGUGAAGAGACACUGUGCCCCAGACAGCCCGCCACCACCACGCAGACAUAAGGAAAAGCACGGCCAGAAAUCUCCACCAAGCCAGCCUCUCAGCCGCCGUCGCUCCCUCCAUCGUACCCUAUCAGAUGAGAGUAUCUAUCGUGGCCAACGCCUUCCUCCCCUGAGCGACUCGGUAUCGGAACAGGCACUCGGCGCAGAUGUUCUCUUCAGCUGCUCCACCCUCCCACGCUCACCCACCACCCGCGGUGUUCCUCUCAGACGGCCUUCCUAUAAGCUGGGAGUCAAACUCCAUGGUGACCUUUCGGCAUCUGACACAUCAUUGGUGGAUUUGGUGGAGCGUCAUCGCGGACCUCUCCCUCAGGAGCUGAUGCCCCUCCCGUCUCAAGACAGGGACAGCCCCCUAGAGUGGACACAUCUGGUGGAUGUGGCCAAUACCUUUGAGACUGAAAGAAACACACACUACGUCCAGAGAAGUUAUGUGUUCGGAGAUUCAAACCACAGAAGCAGCGGGGCCUCCAGUCCCCAACAGCCACACAUAGAGCUUCAGCCUGCUCCUCUGUCACGGCCCUCAUCUAGUGAGGGUCACAUAGGGCUGGAGAGGAAGGUCACCAAGCUGGAAGCCAUGGUGAAGAUGCUCCAGGAGGACCUGAAAAAGGAGCGUGACGAGAAGGUGAGACUUCAGGGUCAGAUCAAGAGGCUGUGGGAGGACAACCAGAGACUGCAGGAGGAGUCGCAGACCUCUGCCACUAAGCUCAAGAAGUUCACUGAGUGGGUCUUCAACACCAUCGACAUGAACUGACUCCGACCUGCGCAUUUUGACUCACGCACACACACACAUACACACACGUUCACAUACAUGCAUACAUCAGCACACACAGUCUGGGCGGAGAGGCAGAAGGGGAAGAAUUUGUGCACAAUAGCAGUGGAGACUUGUUGGACUUAAUCAGCCUGAUGCUGCUGAACCCUCCUACCAUCUUCCAUUGGGUUCAAACAUCAGCUGGCAAUAUUGUCGACCAGUCUGUUCACCUUCUCAGGAUGAGACUCAAGAAAAAUUUGGUGUUUAACAGAUUAUGAAGGACAGACCUCUAUUCUCCACCACGAGACCGUUGCUGAAUUGAUGUUUCUCUCAUCUCGCUGUGCCAAAAUCGUUUUUUGCCAACAAAGAGGAAGCUCUUCCACCUCCCUUCUCUUUUUUCAGACUCGCCUCUUUUCUGAUGUGAACGUAAAAUAUCACCAGACUGCCCCUGACACACCUUCUCAGUGGAUGUGCUUCUCUUUAGUUACAACCUACAGUCCAUAUCUGGCCUUUUCCUCUUUGUUCCCUUUUUUUCAAUUACUUUUUCUCUACUGUUGCCCAGCUUUUCUGAAAGGUGACUUAAGUAUUUUGUGCCAAACCAAACCCGCCACAGCAGAGGGUAGCAGAGACAGCCACGUGACUUAAGAGAAGUCGUCUCUGAUGUGCCGCGCAAAGUCCCGACAGGUAUGCGACAAAAUCUGCCAGCCCAGCCACUUGGAGUUCACUGUAACACAAACAACAAAUCUGAAGCCUCAAGACCACCGGAUACAGGAGAGGUUUUCAUUUCCUUCACAUGUGAAUGGAGUGUAAAGAAUUUAGGUGUUUCCUUUCCUCAAAGCUUCUUACCACUGAAGGGUCACUGUGGCUGUUUACAGCCACCGACAUGGAAGCAUGUUGACAUGUGUCACAACAGGAGGGAAACAUGGAUUUGUACAUUGUUUUUUUUUCUCCUCUGUGUCACUCAUAUCUGGAUUACCGCAUCCUGUUUGUCCCUACAGCACAAACCAACACCUGGCAGAGGAGUAUAUUUAUAAGCCAUCGGCAAGUGGUGCCGUUUAAACAUGACUGAUAUCCAGAGUGCUUUGGUCCAUCCCAAUUGUAUGUGUCUUAAAAAGCAAUAGGAAGAAGUCAGGACUCCUGUCUUCCUCAAAAAAAGGGAGUUUGCUCUCGGGGAAGAUGCUUGAUGUGGGGAAAAAAACGUUUUAAAGGUUACGCCUAAAAGACACCAGUCUCUUAUCUUCCAUUAAAGCAGAGAACAUCAUGCUUUGAGGAAAAAGGAAAAGGGAGGACUCCACUCGCCAUCCCACUGUCUGGAAUACAGAAGGCCAGCUGAUAAGCAAUGACAGAGACAUUUUUUUCGGGAGGGAAAAAUAAGAAGGGACUUUUUUUUCCCCAGGUUAAUUUAUUUCCUUGUAUUAUAAUUCCAAUAAAUAAGUUGUUCUAUUCGUACAGUACAACUGACAUCAGUGUUUAGUUCCUCAAGAAAAUGGUCACUAGCGAUAUUAUUUAAAUGGCUUUCUUUCUUAAUUCUGGCUAAAAGCCGGACUAUAUGCUUUUUAUUCUGUAUUAUGUUGUGUUUUGUGGUGCCCAAGCCUGCUGUCGUGUUGCUUACAGUGCCCUCUAGUGAUGACCAGUGGAAAAUGUCAUGAUUAUUAAAUGUGCUGCCAGUCACUGUAUUUUUCCCCCCACGCCUCUUCAACAAUCAGUCAGACAUCAACCGGGAGGCCACACAAAAAACAAAGAACAGGAAGAAAAAAACCAGAAGCCAGCUUUGAGAGACAAUCAAAGGUGGAUUUUUGAUAAAGGGAGCAGACCUUAGGUGUACGUGUGUUUUACAUUUUCAACAUGUAUAGUUGUCCUCAGGUUGAGUACGUGUUGGGAAAGUGAGGAUCCUUUAGACAAAAGUAAUAAUGACUUAUAUGGUUAGAUUAAAAUGCCCAUGAUAAGAAGGAGCUACAGCACCUUUCUGUGGCAGUGUGUGUGUUGCCACUGUGUGAACGUUCAUCAGUCUAUCCAGCCGUGCCUACACUCACUUAUUUUGGUCAUUUACUCCCAGGCAGAGCAGGGACGUGCCUUUGAAACAGCACCUGGGGAACAGAUGAAAGGGAAAGGCUCUUCUUCUACAUCCUAAAAAAUAAACACACCUGGUAACAAACAAACACACACACACAAGCAUUAGUUUUAAUCAGCUUCAUACUCACAGUUGUAGACCUCAUAAAUGUGUGUAUGGGGAGGUGUCAGCCUUUCUCUUGUUUGUAUGAAUAUUUUGACUGAACACAACCAGGCUGGCCGGCCUCCAGACACAGG